UUCCAAUGCUUUCCAUGGAAGUCAUCCUUACGCGGCAUUUCUAAAAGGGGUUUUGUGGUCAAAACACUGAACUAGUUAUGAAGACGACAAAUCUGAACAAGAUCCAAUUAUGCCCACUAGGAGCUAGGCUAAUGAAGCUACAGACCAAAAAUAACGCAUGUUCGCACUGAACUAUACUUGUUUUCAAACUAUCACUCCUGAGAUCAAGAAGGACAUCAGAACCUUGGCCAGCUCCGGGGAAGCCCAGUGGGUGGUUACAGUGGGGUCCCUCCAGACCCCAAAGAAACUUGAGAGACGAGGCAGAGAUUGGACCUCGUGGGCAGAACGAUGGUGGACCCCAUGCUAACGCUCGGCGCUGUCCCCCGCAGGGGGGUUGCUCACAGAAUGGGUGGCCCAGCAGAGAGGCUCUCCAAGGGAUUCCGUGGCCGCCUGGCAUUCCGAUCCUGUGCCUGCUGCAGGGCCCCAGGACGCCGGGCGGAAGGGGCGGCGCUUGCGGCGGAAGUUGCCGGCCUAGAUCAGGCGGGAGGGGCUGCGGCGCGCGGAGCUAGAUUUCAGAAGGCAUGGCACUCUGGCGGGCGUACCAAAGGGCCCUGGCAGUUCACCCGUGGAAAGUCCAGGUCCUGACGGCUGGGUCCCUGAUGGGCCUCGGUGACAUUAUCUCACAGCAGCUGGUGGAGAGGCGAGGUCUGCAGGAACACCAGACAGGCCGGACCCUAACCAUGGUGUCCUUGGGCUGUGGCUUUGUGGGCCCUGUAGUAGGAGGCUGGUACAAGGUCUUGGACCAACUCAUCCCUGGCACCACCAAGGUGGAUGCGCUAAAGAAGAUGUUGUUGGAUCAGGGGGUCUUUGCCCCUUGUUUUCUAGGCUGCUUUCUCCCACUGAUAGGGACACUCAAUGGACUGUCAGCCCAGGAUAAUUGGGCCAAACUACGGAGGGAUUAUCCUGAUGCCCUCAUCACCAACUACUAUCUCUGGCCUGCUGUGCAGUUAGCCAACUUCUACCUGGUCCCCCUGCAUUACAGAAACUGUUCCAGUGUCCCCCACAGACUUUUUGUCAUCUUGCUGUGGAGGAUCCUGCUCCUACAACCCUUGUCUCCGUCUCACCUGAGCUCUCCACCUUUGACAGUGUAUCUGCCGGGACAGUGCCUCACAGGGGUGCUGCAUCCUAGGUUAGAAAGUAGACCUAAAGGCUUGAUCAGGUUGGCUGUUGUCCAGUGUGUUGCUGUCAUCUGGAACUCCUACCUGUCCUGGAAAGCACAUCAGCGUUAGCCUGCCUUGCCCCAUUAUUGCCACCUGCAGUGAUACACCAUGAUCCUGGGACUGUCAGACAGUUUCCUCAAAGUGGGCAUUAUCAAUGGCCAUGGGGUGGAAGUGCUAGUCAGACUUAAUGAGAUGAGCACUCUGAAAUGACACAUUUCAUUUUAAACUGUAAACUGCUUCUGAAAUCACUAGCCCUUUAUAAUACAUUCAUGCAAUGCUUAUCAACAAUACGUUCUGAGAACUGUGUCAUUAGGCAAUUUCAUCAUCAUGUGAACAUCAUCGCAUGUACUUACACAAAUCUAGAUGGUAUAGAGCAGUCAAUUGAUGUGGCCUCUUGAUGCAGAGAAGGGACACAGUGAAUGAGGUGUAUGAGGCUGCUACCCAUUUAACACCAUAUACUGUUUUAUAGUAAAUUGUUUUUUCCUAAAUGAGAGAAUACUCUAAAAUAAUGAUAAGGAUCACAAGUUCAAGGCCAACCUCAGCAACUUAGUGAGACUAAGCAACUUAGCAAGACUAUAUGUCAAAAUAAAAAAGGGCUGAAAAUGUGAAUCAGUGGUUACCA